AUGUGGGGAAGGUAUGGCUGGAGUGAAUUGGUCGUGACUCCCAUUGAAAAUACCCUUUUUUUGCCUGAGGAUGCCACCAUUGUAGGGCAUACCUGCUCGUAUGGAGCCACAGGUGGUCAGGUCUUCAUCAGAGGGAAAGCUGGGGAGCUUUUCUCAAGCAGUGGUGGAAGGCACUGGAAAUCAGUAUUGUUAGUACAUGACGGGAGGAUGGGUAGAAAUGUGGCAGCUGGUAUGACUGGAGGUUCGGCGUACAUUCUUGAUGAGGACGUUACACUUAUCCCCAAGGUGAACAAGGAAACUGUGAAGAUCCAGAGAGUGGUUGCUUCAGUCGGUCAGAUGCAACUAAAGAGUCGUAUUGAUGCCCAUGUUGAAAAAACCAGAAGCAGCAAAGGGGCUGCCAUUCUCAAGGAAUGGGACAAAUAUUUACCGCCAUUUUGGCAACUGGUUCCAAUCUUGAGAGGUCAUCGUAGGCUGAGGAACAACAGAUCUUUCGUAGUGCCUUCAGCAGCUGUACAGGAUCUUGGUGAAAAUGUAGGUACUAGGUACUGA